UCUCUUACUAAUCUGUCUAUUUCUUUCACUUUAUUCCUAUUCUCCUCUUCAUGCAUUUCUAAACUUUUUCACUUGUUUAAAACUUAAUUCUUAUAGCUAUAUAAGAUCUCUAAUUUAAUCUGUUCGUCUUCAUCGCUGCGAAGCAAAAAACAUGGCGAAAGAUGUUCGUGUUUUGUUUUGCUUAUUGAUGAUGAUCAUGGAUAUUAUAGCCGGCAUACUCGGGAUUGAAGCUGAAAUAGCUCAGAACAAAGUGAAGCAUUUAAGGAUGUGGAUUUUUGAGUGUAGAGAUCCAAGUUAUGAAGCUUUCAAGCUUGGAUUAGCAGCAGCAAUACUGUUGGUUCUUGCUCAUGUUCUUGCUAAUUUUAUUGGUGGCUGCAUUUGCAUGUGGUCUAAGGAAGAUUUCUCCAAGGCUUCUGCUAAUAAACAAUUAGCUGUUACCUCCCUAAUCUUUUCAUGGAUUAUAUUGGCUAUUGGAUUCUCAAUGCUAAUGAUCGGAACAUUGGCAAACUCAAGAUCAAGAAAAUCAUGUGGAAUUUCACAUCAUAGAGUAUUGUCUAUCGGAGGCAUUUUAUGUUUCAUUCAUGCCCUAUUUAUAGUUGCCUAUUAUGUCUCCGCCAAAGCAUCUGAAAAAGAAGAUAUUUUAAUUGCACAAAGAGCUCCUCCUGCUUAACCAAAUUUCAAUUCACUACUCAUUUUUUUGUAAUUUUAUCUGUUGCAAAUUCUUGUAUUUAGAAAAACUUGAAAUGUAUUUUAAUUUGUGUUGUGCAUUGGAUCAAUUUGUAAUCUUUCAAAACAUAUUUACCCACA